AUUAAUUUAUAAGAGAGAAGAAAAUCUGAAAUAAAUAAAUAAAUAAAUAACAAUAAUAAUUCAUUCAGCAAAACCAAACACAGCACACACAACUCUCCUGCUCCACAACCCAUCAUCAAAUUCAAGAUUCAAGAACAACCCCAUCACCAGCGAUUGCUUCUUUAACCCCAUCAAACUCUUCUCUCAGUUGGGCGGUCUCUGUUUUCAGAUUUCACUUAACAAAAGACUCAAAUCUUUUUGUUUUGGGGGGGUCCUUUAGUAUUUUGUGCUUUAUUAUUCCCCUCAUCAGAAUUGAAACAAGCCAUUUGCUUUAAUUUUUCAUCAAUGGCCCAUAAUUUUUGCCAUCUUUUAUCUCAAUUUAUCGGCCUUGUGCGUGUAAAGCUUUGAACUUUGGGUGCGUAUGUAGACUUUGUAUAGCUAUACAGGUGAUGGGUUCUGGUUGGGAGUUACUGAGUUGAUGCUCUUUUGUUAGAUGGUUCUUGAUGAAGAAUGUUUGCUGGUUUUUCUAGAUCGCGCCCAGAUCUUGAAACUUCCUGAUCUGGCUGAAUGAUUGGGAAUCUUUUGUAAAAUAAAGGAAAGUUGAGAUGAAAAUUCCUUGGCUGGUUUGAGCAUAAGCACAUCAAUCAUGCACGCUUUCCUUUGGUGGUGGAGAAUAUAGCGACUGUAAAGAAGGGGUCUAGUUCCUUAGUGAAUUGCACAUACUGAUCAGAAUAACUGGGGUGAUGAUCGGUUUUUCACAAUUUUAUGCUAGGUGCCUCUGGUUUUCUAAGCAUUGUGAUUGAUUGGUAAAAGCUUUUGAUUGAGUUCACUUGAAGAAGGUUGUGAAUUUUGGCUCUUAGUGAUGAUUAAAAAUAUUCUCAAUAAGCUUCCUCGGAAACAGACCAAAUUAGUGGAUCAUCGUGAUGGGGGAUCCUCUACUUACCCUUCAAAUGCUUCAACUACUUCAAGAAGCAGUUAUGCUGUUGGUUCCCGGUCGGGCAACUCAAAUACUACAAUUGGUCCUGGUAUCAAUUCAACUUCAAACUCUGGUCCAAGUUAUGGAAAUAAACUUCACGACGCAUUAAAUACAAAGGUAAAUGGGAAUGCUGGACCUGUGCCGUAUGAGGCACUUCCUAGCUUUAGAGAUGUACCAAAUGCUGAGAAACAAAACUUGUUUAUCAAAAAGUUGAGUUUGUGUUGUGCAGUAUUUGACUUCACUGACCCCGCCAAGAAUUUGAAAGAAAAAGAUAUCAAGAGGCAGACAUUAGUGGAACUUGUUGAUUACGUCGCUUCAACAAAUGCAAAAUUCACAGAAACUGUUAUGCAAGAGAUUGUUAGAAUGAUAUCCAUAAAUUUAUUCCGUACCCUCUCUACUCAGCCUCGUGAUAACAAAGUCUUAGAAGCGUUUGAUCUGGAAGAAGAGGAACCCUUAAUGGAUCCUGCGUGGCCCCAUUUGCAAGUUGUGUAUGAAUUUCUUCUCAGGUUUGUGGCUUCACCAGAGACAGAUGCAAAGUUGGCAAAGCGGUAUAUUGAUCAUGCAUUCGUUUUGAGGUUAUUGGAUCUUUUUGAUUCAGAAGAUCCCAGAGAAAGGGAGUACUUGAAGACUGUCCUGCACCGCAUAUAUGGGAAGUUCAUGGUUCAUCGUCCGUUCAUUAGAAAAGCAAUCAACAAUAUAUUCUACCGCUUUAUUUUUGAGACAGAGAAGCAUAACGGGAUAGCAGAGCUGUUGGAAAUUUUGGGCAGCAUUAUAAAUGGAUUUGCAUUGCCAUUGAAAGAAGAGCACAAACUUUUCCUUGUUAGGGCUCUCAUUCCUCUUCACAAGCCUAAAUGCAUUCCAACGUAUCAUCAGCAGCUUUCUUAUUGCAUCACACAAUUUGUGGAGAAGGACUGCAAACUUGCUGAUACUGUCAUAAGAGGCUUACUCAAAUAUUGGCCAAUCACAAACAGUUCAAAGGAGGUUAUGUUCUUAGGUGAGCUAGAGGAAGUGUUAGAAGCAACUCAGCCUCCAGAGUUCCAGCGCUGUAUGGUUCCUUUGUUCCGCCAGAUUGCUCGUUGCCUGAGCAGUUCACAUUUUCAGGUGGCGGAAAGGGCUCUCUUUUUAUGGAACAAUGACCACAUUGAGAACCUGAUCAAACAAAAUCGUAAAGUUAUACUGCCUAUUAUCUUUCCUGCAUUAGAGAAGAAUGCAAGAAAGCACUGGAACCAGGCAGUGCAGAGCUUGACACUGAAUGUGCGCAAAAUCUUCUCAGAUGUGGAUCCUGAGCUCUUUGAGGAGUGUUUGCUCAAAUUCCAAGAAGACGAAGCACAAGAAGAGGAAACCAAGAUGAAACGGGAAGCUACAUGGAAACGCCUGGAAGAAAUAGCUGCAAUGAAAGCUGCAAGCAAUGAACCAGUGCUCGUGCCUCUCAGGACAAGCACCAAGACCCCAUCUGGAUGAAGAGGAGGCAUUUUCUUUUUCCUUUUUCUUUUGAGCUACUGUGACUCGACUUUUGAUAUCUUUUGUUGCUGGCCUUUGAUGGGUACCUAAGAUUCGGAGGUGGAAAGAAGGCAGUGUUGUUGCAUAUCUACUUGACCCAACUCAUGCUUCUGGUUUUCUUCUCAUUACGCCAUGCGGGACGAAGAAUACCAGUAUCUGCUGUAUGACCAAAUCUUGUUUUGAUUAUGGAAUUGGGGUGGCCAACUACAGGAGGUUUCAGAACCUUCAGUGGAUGUUACAUGGAGGAAAGUUGUUGGCAAAAUUGGCCUUUUUUCAGCUUUAGCUCUAGAAUGAUGUUGGAAUUAAGGAGUAAUAUUUUUGUUUGUAUGUCUAGAGAUUUUUGAACUGGAUUUCAAUUUGUGUACUCUCAUCUGCAAUUAUAUAAUAUAUAUAUAUAUAUAUCUCCAUAUA